AUGGUCAAUUUCCGGGGCCAGAAAUCAACUGCACUUCAAACAAUAACAUUGUUAUCAAUGUGUUUAAUCACCUCGAUGCCAUUUCUUUUCACCUGGAAUGGGAUUCAGCAGAGGAAGAAUUCUUGGCAAGAAGGGACUCCGGGCACGACUUGUCCAAUUCCACCCGGUGCAAAUUUUACGUACCAUUUCCAGGUCAAAGAUCAGAUAGGUAGCUACUUUUACUACCCCACCACCUCGAUGCACCGUGGUGCAGGUGGCUAUGGAAUGCUCAAGGUCCACAGUCGGGAUCUUAUCCCUGUGCCAUUCGAUAGACCAGAGGCUGAAUACGCAGUUUUAGCGGGUGAUUGGUACAGAAAGGACCAUGCUACCUUAAAGAGGUUGUUAGACAGCGGGAGGACUCUUGGUAGGCCGGACGGUGUUAUCAUCAAUGGUAAGCAAGGGAAGGGGGAUGGAACAGAUACGCCUAUGUUCACUAUGAUCCCUGGAAAGACUUACAGAUAG